GUCUAUUAUUGGCUGGGUACGGAUCUGCUGCUGGCUACGGUGGGAAUCUCAAAAGGCCAGCGGGAAAAGAACAAAUUCAACUGUUUUUCCAGUUGCGACCUGCAUUGAUAAGUCACAGCAGCCGGAAAGAGUGCGGCGGAGUAUUUGGCCGUGCAAUUAGAAAUUUUGCUUCAGCGCUCUUUUUCGGCAAACGCGAAACGUGUUCUCUCUGUUCAUCUCUCUACGCAUCGAUAUCGGCAACUGAUUUAGACCAAUCAAAAUGGCCGACACGGAGAUCAUUGUGACCAAUGCCGCUGAGCCCUCGACCAAGGCCAGUCUCAUCGUUGUCUCCAAUCGUUUGCCCUUCGUCUUGACGCGCAAUGCUAAAACUAAAGAGCUGGAACGCAAAGCUAGUGCUGGAGGUCUCGUUACGGCAGUCUGUCCGGUUGUUAUCAAAGGCAGCGGCUUAUGGGUUGGCUGGGCAGGCAUACAUCUGGAGGAUCCCAAUGAGGCGAUACCCGAAUCGAAUCCCUACGAUCAGACGCCAACAGCUGGCCUGAAGUCCGACCAAGUGGUGUCGGUGAACAUCGAUUCCAAGAUCUUUGACAGCUACUACAAUGGCUGCUGCAACAAGAUGUUCUGGCCACUCUUCCACUCGAUGCCGGGACGUGCAAACUUCGGGGGCGAGCACUGGAACGACUAUGUGGCCGUGAACAAGCACUUCGCCGUGCGAACCAUCGAGGCGCUGGAGAAGUGUCUGGCCAAGAACAACGGAAGCGAGAAGAAUCCACCAAUCGUCUGGAUACACGACUAUCAUUUGAUGUUGGCCGCCAAUUGGGUGCGUGAGCAUGCCGAGGAGAAGAAUCUGCCCUGUCGCUUGGCCUUCUUCCUGCACAUACCGUUCCCACCAUGGGACAUCUUCCGUCUGCUGCCUUGGUCUGAUGAGAUACUGCAGGGCAUGCUCGGCUGCGAUCUGGUUGGUUUCCACAUUCAGGACUACUGCCUCAACUUUGUGGACUGCUGCCAACGCAAUCUGGGCUGUCGUGUGGAUCGCAACAAUCUGCUGGUGGAACAUGGCGGUCGCACUGUGCGCAUCCGUCCACUGCCCAUUGGCAUUCCUUACGAGCGCUUUGUCAAUCUUGCCCAGAAUGCACCCAAAGUGCUGAAAACCUCCAAGCAACAGAUUAUUCUCGGCGUCGAUCGGUUGGACUACACCAAGGGCCUGGUGCAUCGUCUGAUGGCGUUCGAGGCGCUGCUGCUCAAGUAUCCACAGCACAAGGAGAAGGUCAGCUUGCUGCAGAUCUCUGUGCCCUCUCGCACAGACGUCAAGGAAUACCGUGAGCUGAAGGAAGAAGUGGACCAACUAGUCGGACGCAUCAAUGGCCGUUUCACCACUGCCAACUGGGCGCCUAUUCGCUACAUCUAUGACUAUGUGAGCCAGGACGAGCUGGCCGCCUUAUAUCGCGAUGCCGCUGUCUGCCUGGUCACCCCGUUGCGCGAUGGCAUGAAUCUGGUGGCCAAGGAGUUUGUCGCUUGCCAGAUUAACGAAGUGCCCGGCGUGCUGGUCAUUUCGCCGUUUGCCGGCGCCGGUGAAAUGAUGCACGAGGCGCUGCUCUGCAAUCCGUACGAGGUGAACGAAGCCGCUGAGGUGAUUCAUCGUGCCUUGACCAUGCCCGAGGAUGAGCGAGUGCUGCGUAUGGCGCGUCUACGUCGUCGAGAGGCCGAAUGCGAUGUCAGCCACUGGAUGCGCUGCUUCCUGAAGGCCGUGGGUGCUCUGGAAAUGGACGACGUGGGCACCACCAUUAUGCAGCCCGUCUCUGUAGACGACUUCGAUGACUACUUACUCAAAUACAUCGGCUACAAUCACAAGCUUGCCCUGUUGCUGGACUACGAUGGUACUCUGGCGCCCAUUGCUCCUCAUCCAGAUUUGGCCACGCUUUCGCCUGAGAUUAAGAAUGUGCUGUUCAAGCUGUCCAAUCACUCGGAUGUCUACGUGGCCGUCAUCUCUGGACGCAACGUGGACAAUGUCAAGAAAAUGGUGGGCAUCGAAGGCAUCACCUAUGCGGGCAAUCAUGGUCUAGAGAUUCUGCAUCCCGAUGGCAGUAAAUUUGUCCAUCCCAUGCCAAUUGAGUAUGAGGACAAGGUGAGUCUAUUGCUCAAGGCGCUGCAGGACUCGGUGUGCCGCGAUGGCGCCUGGGUGGAGAACAAAGGCUCGCUGCUCACCUUCCAUUACCGCGAGACACCCACCCAGCUGCGCGCGGACAUGGUCAACAAGGCGCGCAGCCUGAUCGAGAAAUAUGGAUUUAGGGCGACGGAAGCGCAUUGCGCGCUCGAGGCACGUCCACCUGUGCAGUGGAACAAGGGUCGGGCUUCCAUCUACAUAUUGCGUACGUCCUUUGGCGUUGACUGGAACGAACGCAUCAAGAUUAUCUACGUGGGCGACGACAAUACGGAUGAGGAUGCCAUGGUGGCUCUGAAGGGUAUGGCACGCACGUUCCGUGUCACCUCAUCGGAUAUUGUGAAGACCGCUGCCGAUCAUCGCUUGCCCUCGACUGACUCCGUCUACACGCUGCUGAAGUGGGUGGAACGGCACUUUAUGGGCCGCAAGGCGCGUGCCAAUUCGUUAACGUAUCGCCCCACUAGAGGCGAUGGCGUCCAAAUGCAAAUGUCUCUCGAGGUAGCCACGUCAGCUAACAGUUUGGACGUUUAACCAAAACACACACAUAUACAUAUAAAUAUAUAUAUACAUUGUAAGAUCUUAAGAGUUAAAAUAAAUAAAAAGCAAUUUGUACCUUAAAACAUGGCAUGGUCACAGUUAUCAAAUUAAAAUAUAUAUAUAAAUUUACAAUCGAUUUGGUUAUGCUAUGGAAAGUUGAUACAAUUUAUAAACUAAGCACAGCUAAUAACUAAUUAUGCGAUAACACCAGCCAGGAUAUGACGAAGAAAAACAGAAAUAUGGGAUAGACUGCGAGUGGCUUGCGAUGCGGCGGUUGGCUUUGACCCAGAAAGAUAAACGAAGCUGCACAAUAAAAUAAAAGAAAAUAAUAAUUAAUGAAGGCAUGAUUUAUCAUACACCAUAUGUCUACUUACCGUAUGUAGCCCAGGCAAAGCCUAGUGUUGUGGUAACAAAGCGUAAGAAGAAAAGAAAACGCGUCUGACUGGAUAACAAUAUGAUACGACAAAUGAUCAAGGAAAGAGCAAUGGGUGUUAGACAAUAGCCGAGCACGCAAACCGAUUGGAAAAAUGAGCUGUUCAACAAAGAGCAAAUAAUGUAAUAGUUAAGUAAAUACAAUACAAUAAUUGCUGUUUGAGCUACAUACAUAUUGCCACCAAGCAGCUUGGAGUUGAGCGUUACAAUGGCUGCACCUAUCCAAACAAUCACAAAGACCUGCGCGAAUUCGGGUCCAUUAUCAGACAUGCUGUCCGCAGACGACGAGCCUUGCAGAAUCGUAGCCAUAAAGGUGCACAGCACCAAAGGACCCCAUAAAUCCCCUAAUCAACUUUCAGCUUAACACUAAAAGUCACUAAUUUUCAGUAUGAGCGUUUAUGUGCGAUUUGAGAUAACUAGCUCGAGUAAAGGCUUUUGGACAUUGUGGACAUUUGUGUGGACGCUCUCCAGUGUGAGACCGUAUGUGCCUGCCAAGCUCUCCUUUGUCAACACAAUUUUUGGGGCAAUGCGGACACUUGAAUGGAUACUCGCCCGUAUGCGUGCGGAUAUGCCGCUGCAGCUGCCAGGCGAGCACAUAUUCCCUGGGACAAAGUUGGCAUUUCUCUGGCAUUUGUAAGUCUGUUUGCCUGGAUGCGUGGAGACGUGAUACUGAAGAUCCGUGUGGCGCGUAAAGGCUCGCGUACAGUGAGGACAUUUAAACGGGCGUUCACCUGAAUGAAUGCAAAUGUGCUUGCGGAGAUUUGAAGCCUGGCUAAAGGCUUUCGGACAAUGCGGGCAUUUAAAUGGCUUCUCGCCUGUGUGGAUGCGUAUGUGCGAGUUGAGAUGACAUUUUUGGGAAAACCGUUUUGGGCAGUGUGGACACGUAAAUUGCCCCUUUUUGGUCUCUCUCCUAGGAGAGUGUUCUGUGGCAGCAUUUGAUUCGAACUCUUUUUGGUUCGCUGCGUCAUCUGUCAGCGGAUUGUAUUCAAAUUUUUGCGCCUCUUGUUCCACUUUGAUGCAACCUAUAUCCAUAUCUGGCUCUGACCGUUCCCAGUUCUCUGUUUCCAGCAAUUCUGACUGUAUAUUUAUCGCGGUGCUCAACAGCUGAAGGUCAGAUGGAUUUUGAUUAGAUACAGCAACAAUGGAACUGCUGUUAUCAUUGUCUUCUAUUUUGCAUGCUUUUUGCUCCUCUUGUAAAUUAUACUCAGUGCCCAACAAUACAUAUGUGUCCGCCUCUGGUACUUCAACCUUUA